AACAGCUCCUGCUGUAGUAACUGUGUAGCGCUAUACAAACAAACCGCUCCUUCUCGCUCUUUAAUCCGUAUUAUUAAGUGAAUUUAAAUCGGUUUAGAGGCGGAAAGGUGUCAGGAUGUCUGAUAUACUGUGUCGGUGGCUGAAUCUGGAGCUUGGUUUGUCUAAAGUUGUCGAGCCUCACUCUUUUUCUAAGGACUUCUCUAGCGGGUAUCUGCUGGGGGAGAUUCUGAGCAGGUAUCAGCUCCAGGAUGAUUUCCAGCACUUCACUAAAAAUGGCACAGCCAGCGCUAAGCUGAAUAACUUCACCCGGUUGGAGCCCAGCCUGCAGCUGCUGGGCGUGGCCUUCGACCUGGGCGUGGCUAAAUCGGUGAUGCGUGGGCAGCCGGGGGCGGCGACACGCCUCCUGUACCAGCUGUACGUCCUGCUGCAGAAGAAGAAACGCUCCGGCCUCACCGGUACCGCCAUGGAAACCAUGCAACCCACGGCAACCACCCGACUACACCGCAUAGAGAACCACAUCUACAACCAGAGGUUGAGGGGCGUGGUUAAGCGGGAGGUGGAUGAGAGGAUGCAGAAGAUCACUCAGAGGUUUGAUAGGAGAGCUCAGGAGGGGUUCGGACGCUCGGUGAUGUUGGAGCUGCAGCAGGAGGAGAAACGGCGCCACCUGCAGGAGGAGAGGAGACUGCAGGACAUCCAGAAGCUCCAGCAGGUGCGCAGGAAGCAGCAGGAGAUGAUGGAGUGUAUCCAAACGGCUGCGGUCCAAAUCCCCAAGCCUCCGGUGAGCCGCUCCCUCCGAGCUCCACGCAAACGGCAGCAGCAUGAGGCCCAGAGUGUUCAUCAGCAGAUCGCUCAGUUUGAGAAAAACAGGAAGAGACUGUCUCCAGCUUCCUGUGGACCCGCCGCUCUCAGUGUGCAGGUGACCCGUGCAGUGAGUGAGGAUGAGAUGGCUCAGUGGAACAGUGAUUACGUGCAGAAGAUCCGGCAGCGUCUGGAGGAGGACGCUAACGCCCGAGAACAGCGGGAGAAACGCCGCCGCCGAGCGCUAAUACAACAACUACACACACACCACACACACGAGGAGAUGAUCCGAGAGGAGCAGCUGAUUGGCCGGUUGAUGCGUCAGUCGCAGCAGGAGAAGCGAAUGGCGGUGCAGCUGAUGCAGAUCCGACAGCAGAAGGAGGUUCUGAGGCAGAACCGGAUCCUCCAGCAGAGGCAGUUUGAGGAGCAGCGUCUCGCUGACCUGCAGCAGAUCCUGGAUCAGGAGGCGAUGGUUCUGGAGCAGACCCGUUUGGAGCGGCAGGAGGAGCUGUGUAAGGAGCGAGAGCUUCACGCUCGUCUGGCUGCUGAGCGCGCUCAGUCCAAACACCAGAAACACCUCAACAUCUGCAGGGGGAUUCUCGACCAGAUUGUGGAUCUGGCAACCAAGAGUGCAGAGUACCGCCUACUCACGGCCAAUGUAAUCCCCGGGAAGAUGCUGAGGGAGUGGAAGGAGCUGUAUUUCAGUGGGGAGCCGCUGUAUGAUGGAGUUAAGGUGGAGCAGGAGGUGGAGGUGGAGAAGCAGAACAUCCUGAAUCAGCAGGAUUACUCCGAGUACACGAACAUGACAGGUGAGUGGGCGUGGCCUGAGGAAGAAGGAGAGAUCAAAGCUCCGCCCCCAAACAACGACAUCCUGGGCCACGUUGUCGCCCGACUGCAGGAUAUAGUGAAUCCCCCCGGUCCGGGAGAUCCUCCUCCACUCUUCCCCAGUUUCACUCUGAGAGCGUGUGUCCUGGGAAAACUGUGCUCCGGAAAAACCAGCUGCCUCACCAGAAUCAGCCAGGUGCACGGUAUCCAUAUACUGUCAGCUGAAGUUCUGAUCCAGGAGGCGCUGGAGGCCCAUCAGGCUGGAGAGCUGGACCCAGAGAGAGACCCGAACUCAGAGUCUCAGGAGAAAAAGGAAAGCAGUGGAUCUGAAGAGCAGGUGGAGGAGGGGGCGGAGUUACCUGCCGCUGCAGACUCAGAACCAGCGGCUAAUGACCCUCAGCCUGCAGAACCUCUGAAACAACACAGCAACACUAAGAGGUCUUUGCGAGCGCAGUAUGGAGCAGAAGUGGAGAAGGUUCUGAAAAGGGGCGGAGCUGUUUCUGAUGAGCUGCUCAUAGACAUCCUCAUACAUGCCAUCAGGCAGGUUCCGGAGGGUCAGGGCUGGGUUCUGGACGGGUUUCCCAUAAGCGUAUCUCAGGCGCGGCUGCUGGAGAAAGCCCUGAGCGGAACCGACCCGGACCAGGCCGACAGGAAGAGGCGGAACAAAAGGCCUAACCUGGCGAAGGACAGGAACGCCCCUAAAGCCCCGCCCCCUCCCUCACCUGCGCUGCACCUGGCCGUGCUGCUGCAGGUGUCAGAAGAGCAGGUGGUGGACCGGGCUGUUCGCCGGAGCCCAGAGCAGGUGAGAGAGGAGAAUGCUGCACCUGCUGAAGACACACAGCAGAGAGCUCCCCCUGCUGGAGAACACACUCUCAUCCAGCACAGGAUAGCAGAGUUCCAGGAGGCGUGGCCUAAGCUGGAGAAGUGGUUUGGAGAGAAGCAGAGGAUUCUGGUGAAGGUCUCGGCUGAGCUGGACGAGGACUCGCUCUUCAGCAGCGUGGAGUCCGUCCUCUAUAACGCCAUCAACACCACACAGAAAGAGUCACUCGGUCAUAAUGACACAGAAGAUAAUCCAUCAGUCCAAUCAGCUGAAUCAGGUGGCGCUGCAGGACACACCUCUGUUGCUGUGGAGGAGGCGUGUUCCCCCACCCCUGGCUCUGUGGGAUGGGUUUAUGCAGAUGAGCCUCUACCCAAGGAGAUCCCGGAGUUCCUGGUUGGGUACUGGGAGACGGUGUGCAGUUCAUACGACUCCAGUGUUAAAGUCGUGAUGCAGAACCUGCGCAGCGAACGCAACCUCAUCAUCCACCACCUCUACAACACCAGGGAGGACUAUAAGCAGUUUCUGCAGAGGCCGGAUCUGAAGCAGGAGUGUGUGUGUGUGUGGCAGAGAGAUUUUAACAGCGUCCCCGACAACAUGAGACACGACGAGGAGACAAAGACCGAACUGCACCAGAGACUGGACGAUCUGCGGGAGUGUCUGUGGGAUAUCUGUGAUAAGAGGAAGGAGGAGGCGGAGCAGAAAAGGGCGGGAGUUAUGGAGGACGGCUGGCUGGAGGAUCAUACCGGCCUGCUGAUCAACCAUUACUCCACCCUACUGCAGGUGGAGGUGGACAGGUUUCAGGACACUCUGAAUGUCCUGAGGGAUUAUUAUACAGGUAUGUACAGGACUGCUUUACCUGAAGCAGCAGAGUUCACCUGUAUCCCCCUGCUGGACAUCACCGACAACGACACCCAGCCUAACGGAACCACGGCCGGCCCCUCUCCCGGCUCCGCCCCCUUAGAGAAACACACCAGGAGCGCCGGGAAAAAAGAAGCAGAACCGGAGGAGAAGAAGAACGAAAACAAGAAAACCAGAGUGGUUCCUCUGGUUGAAUACAGGUCUCCCCCUACUGACCCCUCAGUGCUACUGCAGGACAUCCAUCACACUGCCCUCACAGCCAUCACCAACAUGGCGUCAGUGGAGGUGCAGAGGUUGGAGUGUGAGGCGAAUGAGGAGCAGCACAUAACAACAGAUAAAGCUCAAACACACACUGAGGGAUCGGCUGCGAGACGAUCUGCCACCAAAAAAUCAGCAAAAAAGAAAUCCCCCCCGACACCAGUUAAGCAGCCCACUCCUCCUCCUGCAGCUCCGGUGGAGGAGAGUCCGGAGGAGGUGCAGAGGAGAGCAGUGAGAAGCAGAAUCAGACUGGAGUACAGCACCGCCCUGCAACACGAAGAGUGUGCGGUUAGGCAGAGGAUGGAGCUGGUGAAGCUGCACGCUCUGAAGACGGUACAGAGUAUCCAGCACAGAGCAGAGCGUACUCACACUGACCUGCAGGAGUGGCUCAACCAUCGCUUCACCUCCGAGAUCAACAGCAUAGACCGGCUGGCUGAGGUGGUGAAGUUCCACAUCGAGGGCGGUCUGAAGAUCACCCAUGAGCUGGUGUUGGAGAGCACCGAUUUCUUCAUAGACGGAGAAACACGCAUGCUGCCCACUCCGCCCCCUCAGCCCCGCCCACCACCGCUGGAGCGGACCAAUGACAGCACUCUGACCGUGCUGCAGCUGCACGGCCUGCUCGCUCAGCUGCACAGGAUUGCCCCCGCAGGUCUGGUAUCCAGUAAGGAGCUGUGUGAGUUCCUGCAGGAGCUUACCUCCCUCACCAUGGGCUCCGAUGCUCUGCCCGAACCCUGGACCAACAUCACAGACUCACAGCUGCAGGAGCUGGUGUGUAUGCUGGUACAGGACAGUGGGAUGGUGAACUGGCGGCAGUUUUUACUGAGUGCCGCCCAGCCGUGGCCCCGCCCCUCACAGAAACAACUGCUAAAAACACUCAGGCGCUUCAGAGAGAUGGACACUGAGGCCAGAGGGGUCCUCACACUGCAGCAAUACACUCAGGUGGAGUUGUGGUUCUCCGGGGGGCGGGAUGUUUCUGUUCCUGAUGAUACAGCAGAACCUCUAUCGUACGACCGGCUGACCCACCUGAAGCAGUUUUUCUUCAUGCUGUUCUCUGACCCUGACCCGACUCCACCGGUUCUGGAUUAUCUCACCAUGCUGCUGUACUUCUGCUGCCACCCGGACCCGGCACACGGCUUCACCAGAGCCCUCAGCCUGCUGACCCAACACCACCUGCAGCACACACACACCGGCACCAGCACCCUGCUGAAGUCUGUGCUUUAUAUGGACGGUGGUGAGGAGUGUGAAGCUGAGGAAGAGGAUGAUGGAGUGUAUGAUGAAGGAGACAGUGUUUCACUGGACGAGCUGCUCAGAGUUCUGAACCACGGAAGAACAUUGACAACAUCACACCACAACAAACACACUAACAACACAGAGGACAUGAAGCAGGAUCUGAUAAAGGUGUUUAAGGAUCUGGGUUUUGACCCGGAGGAGAAGGUCCCGUUCUCCAUUCUCUCCCAGCAUCUGUUCCUGCAGGAUCUGAUGGAGAGCUCCAAUCAGUACCUGCUAGCGGAUAUUCACACAGUUCUACAGCUUCAGAAGAGCGAGGAAGAGCCUUCAGUCUUCACGUCAUAAAUACAGACUGUAAACAACAGUUUAACUCCACCCACUCAGCCUACAGAACACUGUAACUCCUACAUACAUCAGAUCUUUAUAGAGUUUAUACACAUUCUGUCUUCACUCAUAUAAUAAACAGUAUAGUCACACACACACACACACACACACACACACACACAUAUAUAUAUAUAUAUAUAUAUAUAUAUAUAUAUAUAUAUAUAUAUAUAUAUAUGUUUUUGUGAUUUAUGAUACAGUAAAAUAUGUUAUUGCUGUUAGAUUAACAUUACUAAAAUUAUUUAAAUAAAUAUUGUAGUCAUGGUAAGUCUUAUUUCUAAUACUAAAGACUGUGUGUAAUGAAUAAACUAAACAUGUUAUGUAAUAUAACUGAUGAAACAUUAAUAAAAUACUGCUACAGAAACAGU